CGAAGAUCGUUCGUGUUCCGAGCCGACGGUUCGUCGCCUGUGUUUAUCAGCAAACUUGCGCUCGGAUGGGUUUACGCGGCGCGCGUGCUUUCCUACGCCUACCCACUACACACGGUUACUGGUUGGUUGGUGUGUGAGUGUCAAAAAGCCACAAUGCAAAACGUUGCUUUCCUGCGAGGCGCAAGUGUUGGGUCUUGUUUUACGUGCAGGACAUGUGCACAGAUGAAAAGCUGAUUUGACAAGUUUACUAGCGACAUGUCAAUUGGAACAAUCGAAUGGGCGGAAAAGUUCGAAAAUUGCUUUUGGAAAAAAUGUGGAAUGUGUUAUUAUCUUUCUCACUCUGACACACUGUGGGUACCGUGGCGAAGCGUACGUGUGGUGGUGUUUUUGACCGUUUUCUGAGUGCUGGAUGGUUUGUGUUGGUGAGGUCCCGGUUUGGGGUGAAUCGAAAAAGUGACCCACGGCCGUCGGGGAUGUUUGUGUGCGAUCCAAAGUAAGAGAUAGAAUCGGAUGGUUUAUUUUGGUUUUGUUCAGUGAAGCUUACUUUUUUCACGAGGAAAUGUGCAACCGUCACGAUUGGUGGAUAUUUAACAAUAAAUACAGGCGAUAAACUUGCGCUAGGAUAUCAGAUGACUUCGAAGCUUUCUCUCCUCUUAAAUCAUUGGAGACCCGUAAAAGUGUGCAGUGUCGUCAGUGUGGAAGUGUGCUUGGCAGGAAUUGUCUCAUUCACCAAUACAGAGCCAGCAAGUGCUACUGCUGGUAUUGCAAAGUAAUCGGUCGAUAGAGAGAGCGCCACAGGUGUGUUUGUUUUCGUUCCCCUCCCCUCGGGGGUCGUCUUGGACACCGGAAUUGAGCUGCCUGCUGUACCUGCACUGGUGAUAAUGACAAGACGAUCAUUUUUUUUUUGCUCCGUGUCAUUGCAGUUGAAGAAUGAAAAGCCCCCCGGCUGAGGAAGGUAGCACCGCAACAGAAGCAGCGGCAGUGACCACCGUUGGAUCGAUUUGAGAAAGUGACAAAGAAAAUUACCUCAGGAAUGCUCGAUGGUGAUGAAAACUGUUCGCGCGUGAUACCGCUGCUGCUAUCAGUUCCUUCGCGGUUGUUUGUAUGUGUGAGAGAGCAACACGUAGGGUCGAACUUGAUUGUUUUUCUCUAUUGAAUUCCGAUAAGAGGUUAAAGGCGAGAUGAAUGAAUGAAUCAUCUGCAUGAUUUGGUGGGAGUGCGAUGAUUGAUUGGUGAUACCGCUUGUGGAUGGUGCUGAUAUGUUGAAUUGCUCAGAUUUGGAAUGUUGAUGAUGUAAAGUAUGGUUAGUCCAUCGGUGCCUAUGGUGAUGCUCGCGAACCAGAGUGCCUCGUCUAUCGAUUCGAUUCCCAUUCCCCCCAGGGGACACACCGGCCGGGGACGAUUCUCGCUGAACUGAUUGGACAUAACCACAAGAGGCAUUUUCUGAAACACACACACACACACACACACACACAAAAUGUAAUCUAGCGAAAAUGAUGAUCAUUAUUACCGCAGUUCGUCAGAACGUAGUAAGUAGUGAUGGUGCUGGUGGUUGCUGUUGUUGUUGUUGCCUUUGCUGGCAAAGCUGUGAAAAUUUAAUUUAAUCCAAUCGUUGACCGCCGAAAAAAAGCAGCUCUGGUGGCGGUAAGGGCAAGGGCUGUAAACUACAAGCGGAAGAAGAGAUUUAUUCGCUUCGUUCUGCCCUCCGGAGUGGGUGAGUGGGUCAAAAAAGAAUUGACGGGGUAAAAUCAAUUAAGUUUUAUUGCACAUGCGAAGUUAUGCGCUUUGUUCGGUAAAACGGUGCAAAAUAUAAAAAAGGAAUCAUAAAUUGUGAAUCUGUGUUUUUGUUAUCUCGUUUUGGGCAGUGAGCAAAAAUAUGUGAUUCUUUUUUUUUUGUGAGACGAAAACGACCAAAUGAGGGAAAUAAUGCAACAACGGUACGUGUUUGUGGGGAAUCGAUGCAACUGAGACUCAACAGCAGCAGCAGCAGCAGCAGCAGCAGCAGCAGUGAAAAUGUCCCAGCGAGAUUUUUCAGAGAACGAACCGGAAGGCACGCCGGAACUACCGGCCGCCAAUCGAGCGCUAUUCCUGGAGAAAGUGCGUCAAUCAAACACUGCCUGCCAAAAUGGGGACUUCACGACGGCAGUGCAGCUCUACACGGACGCGCUGGCGUUGGAUCCGAGUAAUCACAUUCUCUUCAGCAAUCGAUCAGCGGCGCGGCUCAAACAGGGUCAGUUUGCGCUAGCGCUACAAGAUGCGACCCGGGCGCGGGAGCUUUGCCCGCAGUGGCCGAAAGCCUACUUUCGGCAGGGUGUUGCCCUUCAGUGUCUCGGCCGGUAUGGUGAGGCGCUCGCCGCGUUCAGUUCGGGUCUCGCCCAGGAUCCCAACUCGAAACAACUGCUGGCGGGGCUGGUGGAAGCAUCGAUAAAAAGUCCACUUCGUCACGCUCUCGAGCCAACCUUUCAGCAGCUGAAAGCGAUGAAAUUGGAUCAAUCGCCGUUCGUUGUGAUAUCAGUGGUGGGACAGGAAUUACUCGGUGCCGGUCAGUAUCAUUCCGCAGUGACAGUGCUUGAAUCAGCCCUUCGGAUAGGGUCGUGUUCGCUUAAACUUCGCGGAUCGGUGUUUAGUGCUCUCAGUUCGGCCCACUGGGCUUUGAAUCAGUUGGAUAAAGCUAUCGCGUACAUGCAGCAGGAUUUGGCGGUGGCCAAAAGCCUGGGUGAUACCGCCGGAGAAUGUCGUGCGCAUGGAAAUCUUGGCUCUGCCUAUUUCAGUCAGGGUUCGUACAAAGAAGCGUUGACCUCUCACCGAUACCAGCUGGUUCUGGCGAUGAAAUGCAAAGAUACUCAAGCGGCGGCAGCAGCACUCACCUCGCUGGGCCACGUUUACACCGCCAUCGGUGACUAUCCCAAUGCGUUAGCCUCUCACAAACAGUGCGUUCAGUUGGUUAAACAAAUGGGCGAUCGACUGCAGGAGGCACGUGAAAUCGGUAAUGUUGGGGCAGUGUAUUUGGCAAUGGGUGAAUUUGACUCGGCCGUCGAUUGCCACACGCAACAUCUUCGACUGGCGCGCAAGCUUGGAAAUCAAGUCGAGGAAGCACGCGCCUACAGUAACCUGGGCUCGAGUUAUCACUACAAGCGAAACUUUACCCAGGCCAUAACCUAUCACGAGAAUGUCCUCCGAAUAGCGCAACAAUUGGGCGAUCGAGCCAUCGAAGCCCGAGCAUACGCAGGUCUGGGACACGCUGCCCGCUGCGGACAUGACUUCCACCAGGCAAAACGAUGGCACGAGAAGCAGCUGGAAAUGGCCCUGGCAGCUCGCGAUAAAGUGGGUGAAGGUCGUGCAUGCUCGAACCUAGGAAUCGUGUAUCAGUUGCUCGGUGAACACGAUGCGGCUCUAAAACUACACCAAGCUCACCUGACAAUCGCUCGCCAGCUACAGGAUAAAGCUGGAAUGGGACGAGCCUACGGGAACAUCGGAAACGCGUACUCCGCCGCCGGAUUUUACGAGCAAGCCAUCAAAUACCAUAAACAAGAGCUCAUAAUAAGCAAGGAAGUGAACGAUCGAAGUGCGGAAGCAUCCACCCAUGGAAAUUUGGCCGUUGCCUAUCAAGCGCUGGGUGCGCACGACAUGGCACUGAUGCACUAUAGAGCCCAUCUCAAUAUUGCACGCGAGUUGAAGGAUACCGCAGGCGAAGCAUGUGCCCUGCUCAAUCUCGGCAACUGCCUAAGCUCGCGCCAAGAAUUCGCCCAAGCAGUACCCUACUACGAGCAGUAUCUGAUGCUCUCCCAGGAGCUGGGCGAUGUGGCAGCCGAAGGGAAGGCCUGUCAUUUUCUCGGAUACGCUCACUACUGCAUCGGGAACUAUCGGGAAGCGGUGCGAUACUACGAUCAGGACCUGGCCCUGGCCAAAGAUCUUCAAAAUAAAAUGAACAUGGGACGAGCUUACUGCAACCUAGGGCUCGCUCAUUUGGCGCUUGGCAACACGGCCGGAGCGUUGGAGUGUCAAAAGUAUUUCCUGGCCAUUGCCCACAUGACGAAUCAUCUGCCGGGAAAAUUCCGCGCCCUGGGAAACAUCGGUGAUGUGUUGAUCCGAAUGGGGGAUGUGGAUGAGGCGAUAAAAAUGUACCAGAGGCAACUGUCACUGGCACGGCAAGCUCGCGAACGAGGAAUGGAAGCGGCCGCUUGUGGUGCCCUCGGAUUAGCUCAUCGUUUACUGAAGAAGUUUGACAAAGCUUUGGGAUAUCAUACGCAGGAGUUAACGUUGCGCCAGGAAAUGGGCGAUUUACCCGGAGAGUGUAGAGCCCACGGGCAUUUGGGUGCGGUGCAUAUGGCGCUGGGAAAUUACACACAUGCCGUUAAGUGCUACCAGGAACAACUGGAACGCGCACAGGAACUGCAAGAUUCCGCGGUGGAAGCACAGGCCUUUGGCAAUCUUGGAAUCGCUCGGUUGAAUAUGGGCCACUACGAGGAUGCUAUCGGGUAUCUCGAGCAGCAGUUGGGUACCUUAGAGCAAGUGAACACACCAACCGCACAGCAUGAUCGUGCGCGUGCUCUCGGACAUUUGGGUGACUGUUAUGACGCGUUGGGAGAUUAUCAUGCGGAAGCGAUCAAGUGUCACGAACGACAUCUUGCGCUGGCAAUCGCGCUCCAAAGUGCCCGUGAUCAAGAACGUGCCUAUCGAGGGCUGGGAAAUUGCUAUAAAUCGGUGGGAAAUUUGCAAGAAGCAUUGGUGUGUUUGGAGAAGAGAUUGGUGGUGUCGCACGAGUUGGGUAAUCCGGAGGCGAAGGCUGCCGCCUACGGUGAUUUAGGAAGCAUUCAUAGUGCACUCGGUAAUUAUGAACAAGCGAUCAAUUGUUUGGAACAUCAGCGGGAUAUUGCGCGAGAGCUGGGUGAUCGUGCGUUGACCUCGGACGCAAUCAGUGGUUUAGGUGCAGUGUUUCAACAAAUGGGUGACUUUAAUGAAUCAAUGCGUUUGCACAAGCAAGAUUUGGAACUGUGCGAAAGUAUGAAUCACGGGGCUUUGCAAGCGAGAGCCUGUGGAAAUUUGGGCUCAGUGUAUGAAUCGUUGAAAACGUUCCCGGACUCAGUGCGAUAUUUUGAGAAGCAACUCUCCCUAACCACCGAUCGUUCGACGAAGGCCAACGCUUGCCUUGCGUUGGGCCGAGUGUAUCACACCAUGGAACAGGUGGCACAAGCGGUAAGCUUCCUCCGCCAGGGACUUUCCAUCGUGCAAUCGCUCAACAAGUUGGAAGAUGAGGCCAAAAUUCGCUACCGAUUGGGGCUUUCUCUGUUGGUCUCCGGCGACGAAGACAAUGCUCGUCAGCAGAUGGAGAGUUCCGCCCAAAUCCUGGAAUCCAUACGGAGUGACCAAGUGACGCCUGAAGCGCGAACGUCUCUGUACAAUCUACAAACAUCGUGCUAUCAGUCGCUGCAAAAAAUUCUCGUCAGCUUGGGACGGAACGAAGAGGCACUCGUAGCGGCCGAACGGUGUCGCUCCCGGAUGGGCGCAGAUUCGAAUCAAAGUGCGGAAAACUCUUUGAACAAUCGGAAAACCCUGCUAACGUGUAGUGAAUAUAUUUUCGACACGGUGAAUAAGAGCAAGACGAACGUUAUCUACUACAGUUUAUCGGGCAGUGAGUUGUACGCGUGGUUCCUGUCGCCACAGAAACGUAUUGUGCGCUUCCACGUGGCAAAAAUUGACGAACAAACGCUACAGAUGAAGAAAAAACCUGCGUCGGCGGCGGCAGCAGCAGCAAAUAUCGCAGAACAACCGGAAAGUUUGCUCGGACAGUACAUUAACUUUGUGCGGGAUAGUUUGGGAGUGAACUCGGGUAAUGUGCUGCAGGAAGGCGACGGAAGUGGUUGGAAAUCGUCGAAUGAGAACCUGAUUGACGAUUUCGCUAACGAACGAGCCGGAUUCUUGCGGAUGGUGAACCGGAAUCAUCUACUGAACUCGAGCAAUUACUCGCUCAGUUCGCUUUUUAGCUUGGGCAGUGUGGGCGGAUCGGUCGCCAGCUUGCAAGGAUCUACUAGAUCCAUUGGAAGCCUACAAGGAUCGACACGAUCCAGACGAUCCAACAUACUCCCGCUCUGGCAGGGCCCAUCAUGCCUGCAUGUUCUGUACAACCUGCUGCUUGCCCCAUUUGAAGACCUUCUUCCGGAUAUCAGCACAACAUCUCGAAUCGGGCGCCGCGAACUAAUCUUGGUCCUAGAGAAGGAACUCUAUCUGGUCCCGUUCGCUAUAUUGCGCAGUGGGGAUGAAACCGGCGAAUAUCUGUCCGAGAGGUGUUCCCUACUGACAGUGCCUUCCCUGCACACUCUCCGACAGAAGAGUCGUAUUAAACCACGGGAACCUGCUGACCACCUCAAAAGUGCACUGGUAGUGGGUGGCCCGAAAAUUCCCUCCUCCCUGUCGGAGACAUGGGGCUGGAGCGAAUCGCCGGCCUCGCUACAGGAAGCCGCCAUGGUAUCCGAUAUGUUGAACACGAAGCCGCUGGUGUCUUCCUGUGCCACCAAGGAGACCAUCGUUUCCGAACUCGCCGCCGCCGAAUGCGUACAUUUCGCAGCCAACGUAAGCUGGAAGCUGGGCGCUGUCAUCCUUAGCCCAGGGGAUGUGCUGGACUCACAGUCACAGAAACGGUUCUACCCCAACACUUCCGGCGAGAUGGAAGCCGACGAGGAUAGCACCGAACUGUCGACAUCCAACAUGGAGAUUCCUCCGCUGUCCGAUUUCAUCCUGAGUGCCACCGAUCUACUCGCGAUGAAAUUAAGCGCUAAGUUGGUGGUUCUGAGUUCAUACCACUCGGUGGAACCCAUCACGGGCACUGGAGUUGCGAACCUCGCCGGAAGUUGGCUAUUUGCGGGCACGGGAGCUGUUUUGGUUUCGCUGUGGCCCGUCCCGGAGACUGCAGCUAAAAUCCUGCUGAGAGCAUUCUACUCCGCACUGUUGCAAGGUACACGCGCUGCGAAGGCGUUGGCCGAGGCGAUGCAAACAGUUCAACAUACGAAACACUUCGCACAUCCCGCUAAUUGGGCUGGAUUUAUUUUGAUCGGUGGCAACGUAAGGUUAUCAAACAAGGUGGCAUUGAUUGGUCAAGCUUUGUGCGAAUUAAUGCGCUCUCCGGACAAGUGUCGGGAUGCACUGCGGGUGUGUCUGCAUUUGGUCGAAAAAAGCUUACAGAGGAUCCAUCGCGGACAAAAGAAUGCUAUGUAUACCACGCAGAAGAGUAUCGAGAACAAAGCAGGUCCGGUCAUUGGGUGGAAGGAUCUGCUGAUGGCUGUCGGAUUCAGAUUCGAACCGGCCGCGAAUGGUAUUCCUUCGAGUGUGUUCUUCCCGCAGACCGAUCCGGAAGAUAGACUUUCGCAGUGUUCAGCCAGUUUGCAGGCAUUGCUCGGGUUGUCGCCGACCACAUUGCACGCGAUGUCUAAACUGGUGAAUAAUGCCGAUAUCGCUGACGAAAUUAUCAGCGUUAUGAGGAAUGUGGUGGCACAGUUCCCUCCGAAAGGAACAGGCGAUAACGAGAGUAUUGACAUUCCACUGAGUGUGCGAUUGUGGCGAGUGUCCGGUUGCCAUGAGCUGCUGGCUUCGCUUGGGUUCGAUUUGAUGGAAGUGGGACAGGAUCAAGUAACACUGCGCACGGGAAAGCAGGCGAAUCGAAGGAACUGUCAGUUUGUGCUGCAAUCGUUACUGGCCUUGUUUGAUACCCAAGAAGCACCGAAGAGUCUUGGAAUUGAAUCCAGUAGCAGUUCCGAAUCGCUGAAUGAGGACAACUCAGAUAAAGCGAAGGGUUCGAGUCCUACACCGACGGCUUCAGAUCAGCAGCGGAGCGUUUCGCCAGCGGGAACUACCAAGAGUCAAUCCAACUACAUCUUCCCGAGACCCCCGCUACCCUUUCGACGGGUACCAUUCCUGAGCAGCAGGAGCGCUUUUAUUUCCUACGUACGUCGACGUGGGGAACCUGAUGGGGGCCAGACUGAAGCAUCCGGCCAGGUCCCAGCGGGAAAUCAGCAGGCUCAAGCACAGUCCCAACCGAGCAAUGGUCCAUCGAGCAAUUUGGAUUCAAGCCUAGCGAACACAACGGACAGUGAGCUUUCCGAUGGUUACACAACUCAGCAAAUUCUCAUGAAGAGUGAUCAUUUGGCAAAGGGUCUUGGCUACUCUAGCUUGAGGGGUACGAUCAAAGUAUCCCGCCCCGGCGGUGGUGGCGAAAGUGAUGCAGCCUUCACGCCGAGUCCUCCUGUUACUAUCCAGAACGUUGAUCCAAACGUAUCACUGGCUUUGGCUCAUCAGACCCGCAUUCGCAACCUAUACACAAACAACGGCAUAAGUAGUUACGGCCAGGAUAUGACACGAGAUGGGCAUCACCAUCAAAAUCCCAACAUGAGACGGCCGGAUAGUUCCAGCUCCGCAAGUUCAGCAACUGAUUGGGAAGGUUCUGGACACGCGACAGUUCUUAGAAGAGCCAACCAAGGGCACCACAAUUUGCCACCGCUUCCACCGCCACGCCAGACACUUCCAAUGGUGGACAGUCUGAGACCGUUAGCUCCCCUAGCACCAGUUUACAACAACAUAAACGGCGGAGCCGUUAGUAAAACCCAAACCGGAACCAAGGGACUUAAUGUUCUGGAAUCAACCAGCUCAGACUCGGACUUCGAACGUAGCUUCGAUUUACCCUCAACCUCCAACAGUGGAACGAUCAGCAGCAAACUAACCAGUUUAGCGCACAGCCUGCAGAACAUGCGCAGUCGCAAAAUCAAGAUGCAACCGACACAGCUACCCCCGCAACCCCACGGUCCAACCACGAUGACCCGUAAAAUGGUCGAUCAAUUCGCCUUCAUGGAUCGGCUUAGCUGCCGAACAGAGAUAUCCACCUCGAACUUGGGCAAUCAUGCACCCCCACCGAGGAAACCCCUGUCCACACUUCCAGAUGACGAACGCACCCUCAAUUUGAACGCAAGCAAGCUGUACUUCAACCCAGCCGAAGCGGAGAUAAUCCCACUGACGGAAACUCCAGGUGACCUCGGCCUCAAUAAGGCACCUCCAACGACAUUGCUGUCCAAUGCCGCCUGCGCCAGCGGAACUAGCAAGGAAAAGGCCACCAGUAAAAACAUUCAGGAUUCGAUCCUUCGCCAUAUGAGCCGGGAAAUGACCCCAACCAUAUCCGAAGUCUAUCACGAACGCAACAUCGGACUUGGGUUGGCGCCUUCCCUGUCGAAACUAUUGCUCAGCAAAAACUACGACGACUCUGCAGAUAUCAAAGCUACAACAGCGGCCACUAUGCUGAACAAACCGAGCGCCCUAACGGUAGGAAACCUGGCGGAAGCGAUGAACGAAAUCGAAAUGAACGCCACAAGCUCCACAAAGCUGGAAGAGGGCCAGUGCAACAUCUGCAACAGUCCUUCCGAUCUUCUAUGUGGCUGCAGCAGCACCUCAACGGUCGCAGCAGUUGCUGCCAUGACCGCAGCACUCGGCGCUUCCACCAUCACGAAGAAGUCCAACUGCAAACCAUGGCUCAGCAAUGUGACCCCCAAUAUUGUCAAACCCGGCGAUCUGACGACAGCGGACAUUCUCGAGCAGCAGAAGCAACUCAAAUCCACCGUCAGUGGUCUCACCAGCAACAUGUCGUCCUCCACGGAAAAUUCACUCUCCACGGUGGUGAAACGCGGCGGCAGUCCCUUUUCCGACCUGUCGCGUCGCGAUGAAGGAGACGGCCGAAGCGUGGCGGACUCGCAGUGUUCCGGCAGCUUCCGCACCGACAUCACCGGAUCGACGGUGACAACUACCUCCAAGAGUCUGCAAUCGCAGAUCACUGUGAAUGCGCAACCGAUUGGCGGAAGUCAACACAGCUCGGAGGGUAGCUCCGGUGCGGGACAGCAGCAACAGCAACACCAUACACCCCAAGCUCAACAGACCGCUCCACAGAUCGGGGGACAACAGACGUCCAAUCCCAAUCAGCGCAGCAAAUAUAUACUCGAUACGUAAAAAAGUGGAUACAGUUUUACACUAGCAAAGAUAAAAGCCAUCGAAGUUUUAGUACUCAAAUGUUUGUAUAAAAAUGAUGCUUUCUAAAGGCGAGUUAAUGCGUAGGUAUUCAUGAUUUAUCUUUUUUUAUCGUAAACAAUAGGACAAAUAGUUUUAAAUGUUAGGAUUUAGGAUACAACUUAAAAUGAUUUUUUAAAAAAACUGGAUCGAACUGAUUAGGUAGAAAUUAACCGUAAGGAAAGGAAAGAAUGCAUAAAGCAAUUGUAAAUAAGCCUGCUGAAGGAGCCUUGAUUCGAAUACUCUGUGGUUUUAAAUAGUAGAAUUAAUGAUGAAAGUUUCAAUUAUAAUUGUAUUGCUGUAAAAAAGAUAGCAUGUAUAUUCGACAUGUAACAUUUCAUAGCUUUUUAUGAAUAAAUGAGUUUAUGAACACAA